CAUUUGAUCAUUGGUUUCGUUUCCAUUGAGAGCAAUAGCAUAAAAGUGAAUGCCAUCAAUGAUCACUUCAUCCAACACUGCAAAUCAGUCAUCAAUCUCCACAAAAGCGAUACUCAAUUAAUGAUCUCAAUCGGCGGCGGUAAUAAUGAUAACGGUUUUCAUUCAACGGCUUUAACUCCCGGUAAUCGCAAACAGUUUGCAAACUCUGCGAUCAAUACUCUACUUAAAUAUGGUUUAGACGGCUUAGACAUAGACUGGGAGUUCCCGGGAUGGGCUACUGUCCACUAUAACGAUAAGAAUACCUUUAAUUUGCUUCUUAAGGAAGUGAAGCAAACGUUUAGAGAAUAUUCUGUGAGAAGUCAUACCAAAGACCUGGUGUUGAGUGUGGCGGUGGCCGCCCAGUACACCAUCAUUGACCGGUCAUACAGUGCCCCUCAACUCAACCAAUACGUGGACUUCAUAAACCUCAUGGCUUACGACUACUACCUCUUCCACUGGUACUUACCUGUCGUCGGCCACAACAGUCCCCUCUCAUCCCGAUCCUCACGCAUACCACUGUUCACUACAUUCAGCACUCAGUGGUCGGCCAACCAUUGGCACCAAUUGGGUGUCCAUAAGAGUAAGAUAAUGGUAGGCAUACCCACGUAUGGCCGCAGUUUCCGUUUGGCCUUCCGGUCGUUCACAUCACCCGGAAGUCUGGCGAAGAGUAGUAGUCAAGACAUGUCUUACUCACAGAUCUGCCAAUUCCUGGACACAAAGGGAACUACUGUUGCCUUCGAUGAAGAAUCGGGAGUUCCCUACGCUUUCAGAGACAACACUUGGAUUACGUAUGAGAGCAAAGAGAGUGCCCUCAAGAAGAGCACAUGGAUUAGGGAUAAUGGGUUCGGAGGUGUCAUGACAUUCAGCCUCAAUGCCGACGACUUGACCGGUCAGUGCCAUCACAACCACUCCUUUCCUAUCCAUCACGCCAUCAACUCUGUGGCCAAACAGUGA